UGCGCUCAGACCUGUCAUUCAGCUUCAGCUGCUCUGGAUGUGAGCGGCUCAUGCAGCAACACAAACUCUGACCUGCAGGACUUUAGUUUGCAGCUCUGACCGCAGACAUGAGGUUUCUGAGCGGAGGAGCCGCGCUGCUGCUGCUGCUGCUCAUCGGCCGCUGCUGCUGCACAGACCCCGGCAGGAGAGUUUGCCAAGGGAUGAGCAACCAGCUGACUCUGCUGGGCACCCGUGAGUAUCACUAUAGCAACAUGAAGAGGAUGUAUUCCAACUGCAGCGUCGUACUGGAGAACCUAGAGAUCACCUACACCCAGGAGAACGAGGACCUGUCCUUCCUCCAGUCCAUCCAGGAAGUUAGCGGCUAUGUCCUGAUCGCUAUGAACGAAGUUGCAACCAUCCCGCUGGUCAAUCUACGCCUGAUCAGAGGACAGAAGCUCUACGACAGCCAGUACGCGCUGCUGGUCCUGUCCAACUACAACAAGAUCCAAUUAUCUCCGACGGUCAACUACACCAGCGGGCUGAGACAGCUACAGCUCAGCAACCUGACUGAGAUUCUGUCAGGAGGAGUGAAGAUCACCUUCAACCCUCUGCUGUGCAACAUGGAAUCCAUCAACUGGUGGGAUAUAGUGGACAAAAACAGCAAUGCCAGCAUGAAUAUAAACCUGAGCCCUUCUGGAAAUCACUGUGAGAAGUGUGACCCCAGCUGUUUUGACAGCUCAUGUUGGGCACCUGGAGCGGGUCACUGCCAGAAAUGUAAAGUCUUCCCUUUUUUAGUGUUCAGCCAAACGUUCUGUCUGUUUAUACUGGGUGAGAUAUCAACCUGUCUGUGUUUCUCAGUCACCAAGCUGCGUUGUGCUGAUCAGUGCAGCAGGAGGUGUCGCGGGCCCAAACCCAUCGACUGCUGUAACGAGCACUGUGCCGCCGGCUGCACCGGACCCAAAGCCACAGACUGCCUGGCUUGCAGAAAGUUCAACGACGACGGAACCUGUAAGGACAGUUGUCCUCUUCCCGAAAUCUAUGACCAUGUGACCCAUCAGAUGGUGGACAAUCCCAACCCUAAGUACACCUUCGGAGCUGCCUGUGUCAAGGCCUGCCCUCAUAACUAUGUGGUGACAAAAGGCUCAUGUGUUCGCUCCUGCGGUCCACAAAUGUAUGAGGUAAAAGAGAAGGGGAUCCACCGCUGCAAGCAAUGUGAUGGAAUCUGUCCUAAAGUGUGUGACGGAAUCAAUAUCGGAUCAUUGACCAACACCAUCGCCAUCAACUCCACCAACAUUGACUACUUCACGAACUGCACAAAGAUCAAUGGGGACAUCAUCCUCAACCCAUCCUCCUUCAAUGGGGAUCCCCACUACAACAUCGGGCCCAUGGAUCCUGAAAAGCUUUGGAACUUCAGGACAGUAAAGGAGAUCACUGGCCACCUGAUGAUCACUUACUGGCCUGAAAAUAUGACGUCUCUGUCGGUGUUUGAGAACCUGGAGAUCAUCAAAGGAAGAACUACAGCUCAGAAUAGGUACAGUUUUGUGCUGGUUAAUGUGAAACAUAUGAAGUCGCUCGGCCUGCGUUCCCUAAAGGAGGUGAGCGCUGGAAAAGUGAUGCUGAAGGGUAGCCCGGAGCUCUGCUACAUUCACACCGUCAACUGGUCUCGCCUCUUCAGAUCUGAAGAGCAGGAGUUAAUCGAUGACACCAAGUGCAAUCAAGAGAAUCAAACCUGUGACCAUGAGUGCUCAGAGGACGGCUGCUGGGGCCAGGGCCCCACCAUGUGUGUCUCCUGUCUGCAUGUGAGCAGAGGGGGGCGCUGUGUUGAGCACUGCAACCUGCUUCAUGGUGAACCCAGAGAGGCCCAGGUUGAUGGCAGGUGCGUUCAGUGUCACCAGGAGUGUCUGAUGCAGACUGGCAGCCCAACCUGCCACGGUCCGGGUGCAGGUAAAUGUAGCAAGUGUGCACAUUUUAAAGAUGGCAGCCGGUGUGUCUCUCGCUGCCCAAAUGGUGUACCUGGAGAGGGUGACACUCUUAUCUGGAAAUAUGCAGAUGAGAUUGGCCAAUGCCAGCUCUGCCACCCGAACUGCACACAGGGGUGUUCUGGUCCUGGACUGUCUCGAUGUGAAGGCAAUACUGGAAACUCAUUGGUGGCGGUGGGUGUGGUCGUUGGACUCCUGCUCACUGUAAUUACAUCACUGGUCAUCUUGGUGUUGCUACGGCGACAACAAAUCCGAAAGAAAAGGACUGUGCGCCGACUGCUCCAGGAGAAAGAGCUGGUGGAGCCGUUGACUCCGAGUGGCCAGGCUCCAAACCAGGCGCACCUGAGGAUCCUGAAGGAGACUGAGCUCAAGAAGGACAGGAUCCUCGGCUCUGGGGCUUUUGGUACCGUCUACAAGGGCUUAUGGAUCCCGGAUGAAGAAAAUGUUCGCAUUCCAGUUGCCAUCAAAGUUCUUCAUGAGGCAACAUCACCCAAAGCCAAUAAAGAAGUUCUGGACGAGGCGUAUGUGAUGGCCAGUGUGGACCACCCUCACGUCUGCCGCCUGCUGGGCAUCUGCCUGACGUCGGCCGUCCAGCUGGUCACUCAGCUGAUGCCGUACGGCUGCCUGCUGGACUACGUCCGACAACACAGGGAGCGAAUCUGCGGCCAGUGGCUGCUGAACUGGUGUGUUCAGAUCGCCAAGGGGAUGAACUACCUGGAAGAGCGCCACCUGGUGCAUAGAGACCUGGCAGCCAGGAACGUCCUGCUGAAAAACCCCAACCGUGUCAAGAUCACAGACUUUGGACUCGCCAAGCUGCUGACAGCUGAUGAGAAGGAAUACCACGCUGAGGGAGGAAAGGUUCCCAUUAAGUGGAUGGCUCUAGAGUCGAUCCUCCAGAGGACCUAUACCCAUCAGAGCGACGUGUGGAGCUACGGUGUGACGGUUUGGGAAUUAAUGACCUUCGGCUCCAAACCAUACGACGGCAUCCCGGCCAAUGAGAUCGCCUCAGUGCUGGAGAGAGGAGAACGGCUGCCUCAGCCCCCCAUCUGCACCAUUGAUGUCUACAUGAUCAUGGUGAAAUGCUGGAUGAUCAACCCCUCCAGCCGUCCCAGGUUCAGGGAGCUGAUGAGGGAUUUCUCCCAGAUGGCGCGGGACCCGUCCAGAUACCUGGUCAUACAGGGGAACCUGCCGAGUCCAUCAGACAGGAGGCUUUAUUCCCGCCUGCUGAGUUCAGAUGAAGACGUGGUCGAUGCAGAGGAAUACCUGCUGCCCUACAAGCAGCUGGCCAUCAGAAACGGGCAGCCCUGCGUCACAACGAACGGGUAUCCAGAUAGAGAGAACACCAUCGCCAUGCGAUACAUCACUGAUCCAACUCAGAACCCUCUGGAUAAAGACCUCAUCGAUCAUGAGUACAUGAACCAGAUUUGGAGUGAAACCAGGCGGAGCAGCAGGCUGUCAGACGUUUGCAAUCCAAACUAUGAGGACCUGAACCAUUGCUGGGGUCCCACAGGCCCGUCCGUCCUGAUGGCAGAGACCACCUUCUCAGAACCCGAGUACCUGAACACCGCCCAAAACUCACUCCCCCUGGUAUCCAAUGACAGCCUGGAUAAUUCUGAUUACCAGGCCUGCUUCCCGCCGCAGACUGGAGCUUUAACUGGGAAUGGUCUGUUCCUCCCAACAGCAGAGAACCUGGAGUACCUGGGACUGGGAGGCGUAGCGGACACUCCUGUCCGCUAGGAGGCAGCAGCGUUCACACAUUCAGACUGGAGCUAUUUGAUGCAAACUUUGGUUCACCUUUAGUCUGACUGAUUUAACAUCUGAUGGGAUUAAUUUACAGAAGUGGAACAGAACAAGAUCGCUGACUGAGAUUCUUUGGUCAAACCUGCUGUGUUUGUUUCCUCUAGGAGCCCAUAUUUCUCCUACUAAAACCUAACUGGAUGAACUCUUUGAAAAGUGCCGCCAAAAUGAUCCAGAAAACUUUAAAAAGGGAGCUAAUUAAAAUAGAAAUGGAAAUGCUCCAGGACAAAGCCAACCUCAGAAACUUAAUGGGACAGAUCUGAAUCUCGUCUGCACUGAUGAUGUUUUAAACCUCCUGCCCCUGAAGGCUUCUGUUUUUAACGUCUGCAUCAAUGAAAUGAAAAUGUUUUUGUACAAUAAGCUUUUAAUAUGAGCCAUGGUGAUGUUUUAAAUCUUAAAUCUACUUUGUAAAUCAUAGGAAGGUUUAAAAUUAGGACUUGACUACUCCUCUUUCACUGUUAGUAACACAUUAUUCCCCCUUUUAGAAGUAAAAAAUCCGCAUCUGUGCAAUUUGUGUGAUUCCUAAGAAAACUAAAACUUCUGAACUUAAAACACUUUAUGACAAGUGCAGCAGCAGCAGCAGGUAGCAAUGAUGUUAAGGAAAACUCCAAGAUGGCUUUAUAAUAUGUUGUCAAAGCUGUACUACAUAUGCCAGGCCUUUUGGUGGCGCUGUGACUCAAAAACACAUUUGACAGCACAUGCAAGGUUCAGAAGGAGUGAAGCUAUGAUGCCUUUAUGUAGAAAAACAUUUUCGCUCUGAAAGACAAUUUCAAAAACAAUCGUUUUAGGCUGUCCCCAAACACUGGAUCCAUUUUUAUUGUUAUUAAACCUUUAUUUAAACAGACAUCGUCACUGAGACCAACCAUCCUUUUUCAAUUAAGAAAAAUUUACUAAAAUAAAAAAACAAUCCAGCUACAAAACAUUACAUAUAAAUCAUUGUAUGUAAAUCGCAUUCGCAAAGAUUAUUUGAAAAAACAAGAACUGUUUGUAAAAGAUGACCUCAGACAGGAUGAAAAGCACAAACAAUUUAAAGAGGUAAACUCUGAGACCAUAGCUUUAAAAUCUUUUAGGGAGAUCAACCUUUUGGGCGCCAUGUUGUAGGAGCUUGGAUGCACAGUUUAAAUU